AUGCCUUCGAUCAUGAAGACCGCCGGUCUCGUCGUGGCCGGCCUGGCCGCCGUUGCCACGGCUCUCCCCGCCGGCCCCCGCCUCAACGGCAACCAGAUGAAGCUGUACGAGCUGAGCAGGCGCCAGAACGCCGCCGCCGCCGCCGCUGGUCUGACCGACGUCGACAUUCUGCAGUUUGCCCUGACCCUGGAGCUGCUCGAGGCCGCCUUCUACCAGCAGGGUUUCGCCAAGUUCCCCCAGUCGGACUUCCAGUCCCUUGGCCUGACGCCGCAGCAGAUCACCGACCUCCAGGGCGUCGGCACGAGCGAGCAGACCCACGUCUCGCUGCUGCAGGGCGCCAUCGCACAGGCCGGUGUCAAGCCCGUCCAGGCUUGCGAGUACAACUUUGGCUUCACCGACGCCAAGGGCAUGGUCGGCACCGCCUCGGUCCUCGAGAGCGUUGGUGUCUCGGCCUACCUCGGCGCAGCGCCCCUCGUCACCGACGGCUCCAUCCUGAGCACCGCCGGCUCCAUCCUGACCAUCGAGGCCCGCCACCAGACCUUCAUCCGCGUCGCCUCGCAGCUCGCCGCCUCGCCCAGCGCCUUCGACACCGCCCUGAGCCCCAAGCAGGUCUUCUCGCUGGCCGCGCCCUUCAUCAAGUCGUGCCCCGAGGGCUCCAACCUCGCCAUUCAAGCCUUCCCCGGUCUUGCCAUGGCCCAGGGCGCGCAGGUCUCCGCCCUGGCUUCCGGCCAGACCCUCAACCUGCAGGCCACCGGUGGCCAGGCCGCCGGUGGCCAGGCCGCCCAGUUCUGUGGUUUCACCAACGGCCAGAUCGUUGGCGGCACCUCCUUCUCGCCCUUCGUCGCCGGCACCGGCUGUGUUAUCCCCCAGAACCUCCAGGGCGUCGUCUACGUCACCCUGACCACCUCUGCCCCGCUGACCGGCAAGUUGACCGACGCCGAGAUCAUGGCCGGCCCCCUGGUGGUCCAGAUCUCUUAA